AUGGAGAUAGACUCUUCUGAGCAAUCAGCUUCUCAGGGAGGCUCCAUUAGUGACUUUCCCGCCACCUUUGGUAGGAUGCAAGAGCUCCUCAAGGCAAAGGAUGACACAUCUAGAUUUGUCGGUCUUGCUCUACUGAAGUCUGUCCUAGACAAUGGACAACUCGUCCAGGAUCCUGGGUCAUUACGUACACUAUGGGAGUCUCUCUCUCCAAAAUUCUUGGAUCGUCUUCUACGUGCUCAGCAAAGUGACAAGGUCACCAAAUCCGAGGCACAAAACAUGGUUGAUCUUGCAGUUGCAGUGCUUCACACAUUCGCCGUUCUGCUGCCGGAGGACUGCCGAAAGGAAAGCAGACUCAUUGGGAGGACAGGUCCUCUAGUUAAGGCAUUGGUAGAGAGUUCCCCAGAGACUACAAAUCUGAUAUUACAAACGCUUUUGACAAUCGUAAGCCAACCUGAAGGUGCUCUGGAAAUGUUGCGAAUUGAGGACUUGUCUCCUUUGACCGAAAUAGCUGUUCAAUACCCACUUGUUUUGGACAUCUUCAGCUUCACAUGGACCAACGCAUCUACGAUUGGCCCUCCGGACGCCGUCCGAGAGAGUAUUGACAAAUACGUCCCAAUACUAUUGGUGGUUUUCAAAGACACGGAUGCUGUCACUCUCCUAAACUUUAUUGGUAAUCUCAUACCUAAACUGACACCUGAAGCUCUUCCUCAAAGCCCGGAAUGGUUGCCUCCUCUUGUGACCGUUCUGCGUAAGCUUGUCGCUAAAAAGCCUACCUUAGCUGGAAGGACGGCAUACACACAGCUCGCAGCUUCUCUGCUCCAAGCUUAUCCAGAAAGAUCAACCAACCUCCUGUUUAUGGAUGAUCAUUCUCCUAAUGCUGACAGUAAACCCUUCUCAUACCUUUUCGUAAACCUGUUACUCAUUGACCUACGAUCGUCGUUCCCGUCGUUACUCUCCAAGCUCAAUAGCGCUGAGUAUCCCGCGAUCUCCCAGCGUUUAUCAGUUGCAUUUGAUGUGAUUUCGAGCUUCAUAGGCUUCCUCGUCAGGAGAUUGGAUGAGGAGACAAGCACGUUCCCUUUCAGUAUGCCGCCAGACCUUCUGUUGAAACUUCGCAAAGAUAUUGCGGAGACUAUGUCUCUAACAAUCGAAUACUUGCGCGACAGAUGGGAUGCAUCGAUUGCCGGAGCAUCAGGGCUGGACCCAUCGGCUCGCGCAGGUACGGCCGCCACAUCGACAGGCACCCAUCUCACCCUAACCUGGGAGUCGAUGAAGGACAGUGUGACCGAGGAUCCGCUGAUACUAGCUGGGAUUAGAGCACUGGCGAUCUGGAUCCGCGAGGAUGAGAAUGAGAAUCUGCGGAACGAGACUGCGGGGCUCAUGGAUAUGAUGAUAGAGCUUUACAAGUCCAGCUCAGGAGGGAAUCUGGACUUUAGAUACCCGGUCCUGUUGGCCUUGGAGGGAAUCAUGGCCACGGAUGACGGCGCUGAGAGGUUCCUGGGCCAGCAAGGAUGGGAGGUACUCUUUGAAGACUUGAGCACAAUUCUCAACCGUACCUUGAACGAUCGAGAUCUGGGCAGCUCGUCGGCGUCGACCGAGGCCGCUCGAGGGCUGGAGAUUGUUCGCGUCUUACUUGCAGUUGUCGAUCAUAGCUCAACAUCUUCUCCCAAUGAAGACUGGAUGCUCGCCGUUACAACAACCGCGUCGAUGAAGUUAGCCUCAAAGUCCUCUCCCCCGAUCGUGAUAGAGCUUCAGAUCGCCAUGCUACAGUUGUCAACGGCUCUUCUGACCAAGGCAGCACUCGGUAUGCAAAGGCGAUACCUGGCCAACCACCCCGCGCUCUCGGGCCUCACAAAUCAAUUAGAGGCUGUUGUGAAGGGAAUGGACGAUAAGGUCGAGGCUGCGGAGUUUCUCGAACUUCUCCGAGACAUCUCCCUGGAUCUGGAAAAUCUACGAGCCCGUUGA